AGGGCUAAGAACAGGUCCAACUAUUGGGGUUGUAACUGUAAAAACUAAUCAAUGAGGCGAGGGAGAGGUAGUUUUGUUUGCUUUAGAAAUUAGAAACACAAAAUCGGGAGAAAUCGUGUAGCCCCUUGGGCUUAUCUGGAAACUUCCACACCCUUCUCGUCAUUUUCAUUUGCCUUCCAGACAUAUCGUCUUCUUUUCCCUUAAAUCAAACACUAAACCCCUUCAAACACAACUCUAUCUUCUAGGUUCUCACAAGUUUUUCAUUUUUUAUAAUCUUUUCUGCGGCAAAGCUACAGCAACGAAUAAAGAAGCUCUGCGAAAAAAGCAGAGGUUGAGUAAGAAGAAGAUGGGUGUAGAUUAUUACAAGAUUCUACAAGUUGACAAGAAUGCAAAAGAUGAUGAUUUGAAGAAAGCUUAUAGGAAGCUUGCCAUGAAGUGGCACCCUGAUAAGAACCCAAAUAACAAAAAGGAAGCUGAGGCCAAAUUCAAGCAAAUCUCUGAAGCUUAUGAGGUUUUGAGUGACCCACAAAAGAAAGCUAUCUAUGACCAGUAUGGUGAAGAAGGGCUAAAAGGCCAAGUACCACCUCAAGAUGCUGGCGGACCUGGUGGAGCAACAUUUUUCCAAACCGGAGACGGUCCAAAUGUGUUCAGAUUCAACCCCAGAAAUGCUAAUGACAUCUUUGCCGAGUUCUUUGGGUAUUCUAGCCCCUUUGGGGGAAUGGGCGGCAGUGGGAUGAGAGGUAGCUCAAGGUCAUUUGGUGGCAUGUUUGGUGAUGAUAUAUUCAGUUCGUUUGGUGAAGGAAGGCCAAUGAGUCAGAAUCCUCGUAAACCUCCUCCUAUUGAAAAUACGUUGCCUUGUAGCCUUGAAGAUUUAUAUAAAGGAACCACAAAGAAGAUGAAGAUUUCUAGAGAAAUUGCAGAUGCUAGCGGGAAGACAUUGCCAGUGCAGGAAAUCCUGACCAUUGAUAUCAAACCUGGUUGGAAAAAGGGAACAAAGAUCACCUUCCCUGAGAAAGGAAACGAACAACCGAACACAAUCCCUGCAGAUCUUGUUUUCAUAAUAGAUGAAAAACCUCACAGCACAUUCACACGCGAUGGCAAUGACCUGGUUGUCACGCAAAAGAUAUCGCUGGCCGAAGCAUUAACAGGCUACACCGUUCAUCUUACAACAUUGGAUGGAAGGAGCUUGAACAUCCCCAUCAACAGUGUGAUCCAUCCAAACUAUGAGGAGGUAGUCCCGAAGGAAGGUAUGCCAAUUCCCAAAGACCCAUCGAAAAGAGGGAACCUCAGAAUCAAGUUCAACAUUAAGUUCCCAACAAGGUUAACUGCAGAGCAGAAAUCUGGAAUCAAGAAGUUAUUGGGACCAUCGGGUGUACUUUGAUUUAGGAAAAAUGAAAAGAUAUGAUCAGUAGGAACUUGUGAAUGCCUGCUUCUGAUCAUUCCACCACUCGUAUGGAAAAGGAUGCCUGAUUUCUAGUGUUUUGUUUACUAUUAGUGUGUGGUUUUAAUAGUAAUGCAUUUUCAUUUGAGAAUAAUAAAGAA